UCGACAUCUUUGUGCCAUUGACAACAUCAUUUCCUCAUCUCAAUUUACACCAUGCAUCUUGAUCUUCUUUUAAGUCUCAGAUAAAAGUUAACCUGCAGACAUCAAGCCCUUUCCAGAGUCUGCGUUUUCUAGACAUCUAGCUACUUCAAUCGUUCUCAAGAAAAGGGGAGGUCAAGAGAGUAUACAUAUAAAGAAAAGGGUAAUUGGAUUUAUAUAGCGGUGAGACAAAAAUGGCUAAAACCGGUCCAGUGAGGUUCAAGAGGGUAGCUGCAGCUUUCAACGAGGCAUCUCGGGCUAUUAGGCUUUGCGAGAGUAGUGGGAGCGAGCACUACUCUCCUGACAACAAUUCUGCAGAUCUUUCCGAUCUUGUCAAUUCUUUUAUUGAGAGAGAGUAUAGGAAUCAAUUUAGAGGCGGAGGAGAUCACGACAAGAAGGAAGAUGAUAAUCUUGCUCAUCAAGAUCAGAAAGAUCAUCAUCGUCCACAAUCAAAACACAGUAUUGAUCAACAUGAUGAGUCAUUGGAUAUUUGCUCUUAUUCUGAAACCAAGGAUACGUUGGAGAAUUUGCUAAAUAGCAUUGAAGAUGAUGAUGAUGUCAGACAAAAGAUUCGCAAAGAGACAGAACUUGCAUGUGGUAUCAUAGGAGAAAGAUCCUCAUUGUCGUCCCACCUCGACUUUAAGCGUGGAUUAAUGUCGCAUUUACGCGACCGAGGCUUUGAUGCUGGUCUAUGCAAAUCAAGGUGGGAGAAGUUCGGGAGGCAUCCAGCAGGAGAUUACGAGUACGUAGACGUGAAUGUUAGUGGAAAACGCUACAUUGUUGAAGUUUUUUUAGCAGGGGAGUUCAUAAUUGCUCGGCCCACCAGUCAUUAUACUGAAUUGCUUCAAGUUUUUCCACGAGUGUACAUUGGGAAGCCUGAGGAGGUUAAGCAGAUUGUGAGAUUAAUGUGCAAUGCAAUGAGAGAAUCAAUGAAAGGAGUGGGAAUGCCUGUAGCACCUUGGAGGCGAUAUGGGUACAUGGAGGCAAAGUGGUUUGGUCACUACAAGCGGACAACAAAUGAAGUGCCAAGUAGAAGAAAGGGAACAAAAUCUGAUCAUGAGGUCAUUUCUGCAAGAAGAGUUGCUGGGUUUGAGCCUUUGCCUGUGAGAGUUUACCAUUGCAAAGAUGAUUUGGCAAGGAAGGGUGGUUCGGGAGUUAGCCAUUUGACUGCUGCAUUCAGAAGCGAUGGCAUUGAUAGGUGAUCAUCAUGAUCGUUGUUAAAUUAAUUUCAAGAGGAUUAAGUUUUGAUUUGGUAGCAAGCUAGCACAGCUCUUCAACUAGCCAAAGGCAAAGGCCACGAGUAAAUUAAGUUUGGCUUUGUGCAUUGUGUAUAGGGAAAUAAUUACCUCCCAUUUGUAAGAGUUAAGGUGGGAGGAAUAUGGGUUUGAAGGUGAUUGGAUUGAAGGUGGGAUGAAUACGAAAGAACCCUUGAUUUUGCUUUCUACUA